GUCGCUCGCCGGCCGCCCACACGCCUGCGCAGACCCAGCCUGGGGCGGACGUGGCCGCCUGACUGACAGCUGGCGCGGGCGGGCGCCUCGGAAGGACCCGGCUCUCGGGCCAGUGCAGUGGCUACACCGUGGAGCCAUCUGGUGCCGGCUCACUCUGUCCGCUCGCCUGUCUUUGCGGGUCGUGAUGCCUUAGGGCCACGUGAGCUGCCCCGAAGGACUCAUCCCUGGUGGCCAGAAGUCUCCAAGCAACUCACAUGUGCUCGGCAGGCUCCCACGUGGUCUCCAGCUCCCACUGACUCUCCGGGAAUCCAGUCCUCUGGCCUACCCACCUGGCACUCUCCUCGGCAGCCCACUUGAGCCAUGGAGGCCCUGGAGGUCCCUGUGGGCUCGCUGAUUGACUUCGAGACUGAGCCAUCUACCUCCUCACCCGUGGAGGCCCUGCCACCAAAGCUGCAGGAUGGGGACAGCUCUCAGGGCGACGGCGGGUCAGAGAGUGAGACCACUGAGUCGGCAGACAGCGAGAAUGACAUGGGCGAGUCGCCCUCACACCCAUCCUGGGACCAGUACCACCGCUCCUCCUCCAACGAGUCCUUCUCUUCCAACCAGAGCACAGAGUCAGCCAAGGACGAGGAGGCCCUGGAGCUCAGGGAGUUCAUGCGCGGCUAUGUGGAGAAGAUCUUCUCUGGAGGGGAGGACUUGGACCAGGAGGAGAAAGCCAAGUUCGGGGAGUACUGCAGCAGUGAAAAUGGAAAAGGCCGGGAGUGGUUUGCUCGAUUCGUAAGCGCCCAGCGCUGCAAUUCCAAGUGUGUCUCAGAGGCAACCUUCUAUCGCCUGGUGCAGUCUUUUGCAGUGGUCCUGUUCGAGUGCCAUCAGAUGGAUGACUUCGGGCCCGCCAAGAACCUCAUGACCAUGUGCUUUACCUACUACCACAUCGGCAAACCGCACCUGCUUCCCUCCGAGUCCAAGGAGAAGCCGGCAGGGAGCAUCGACUCCUACUUGAAGUCCGCCAACAGCUGGUUAGCGGAGAAGAAGGACAUUGCCGAGAGGCUGCUGAAGAACACGUCGGCCAAGACGGAGAAUGUCAAGGGCUUCUUCGGGGGGCUGGAGACCAAGCUGAAGGGACCCCUGGUCAGGAAAAAUGACGAGGACGAGAGCAAGCCCAAGGACAAGCCUCAGAAGACUGUGACCGUGAGCAGCCCAGAGGAGGAGAGGAAGGGGGAGAAGAUCUACCUGUACACGCACCUGAAGCAGCAGCCCAUCUGGCACACGCUGAGGUUCUGGAAUGCGGCCUUUUUCGACGCUGUCCACUGUGAGAGGAGAAAGCGGUCCCCCACGACCAGGGAGAAGUGGUGCCACAUGACCCAGGAGGAGCGUGAUGACAGCCUCCGCUUCAACGAGAACAUCACGUUCGGGCAGCUGGGCACGUUCACGCACAACAUGCUGGCCUUCGGGCUGAGCAGGAAGCUGUGCAAUGACUUCCUGAAGAAGCAGGCUGUGAUCGGCAACCUGGAUGAAGAGCAAUACAAGCUGCUGAGCGACCACAUCGAGCAGAUGGCCAGCGAGUAGGCCACGGGAAGUCUCCCAAGGCAUUCCACAGGAGGACUGAGGGUCCACACCACUCUCCUGGGCCAGCGACUGGCUGCCACCCCACCCGAUGACCCUGCAUGACAUCGGCAGCACCCAGAGCCGCCCCGCGCUGCCCCAGAACUAGUGGUUAGAAGACUCCGGUUGCCCGUUCUCCCCACCUUCCCUCCGCCUAUGUCUGCUCCCCCUUUCACGUGCCAAAGUGUCGCUGGGAUGAGGUUGCUAGAACGAGGCAGCCGUCCAUACUCCCAAGCAUCAGGACCUAAAGGAAGAGGAAAGAGGCUGGGGUGGGCGCGGGGCAGUGUUGGCCCAUAGCCCCCUGCAGGAGCGCGAGGGCGAGGUGCAUGUGGGAACGCGGAUAAGGGCAGCCAUGAGCCAGCACACGCCCGUGACACAGGACAUCACAGAUGAUGAUCUGGGACCCACCGCUUCAGGCCUGGGACAGGGCGGACUCCCGCAGUCCGGGCUCCCGCAGGGCGGAGCGUCAGCAGCCCUCUCGGCGUGGGUCCACGGCUGGGGCUGGCUUUUCCCUGGCUGCCGGCUCCGUGUGACAGGAGCCAGGGUCACGGGAACCCUGGGGAGGAGGGAGACGCCUCCUGAUUCUGGGCGGGAGAGGGUCUGGCCACAGGCAGUGCUGUGCGCACCCUGUGGGAGAGCCUUGAGCUGUCCCCGUCACACCCGCUGAGAUGUUCCUGGUCCGCCACCGCCUCUUUCUGCCACAGAGGAAGUCCUGCCCCUCGCUCCCCGGGAGCAGCGUCAGGCUGUCUGUCCCAGGAAACAGCACAGAAAAGAGGUUUCUUCAGUAGCUGUGAGACAACCGCCCUUUCUAAAAGCAAACAGUGCCGCUCUUUAUUUCAGAAAGGACAGGAAAAUCCGUGCUGGUUUUCCAGACAGCGGGGCACAGGCUGCUCCUGGCUGCGGCUGGGCUGUGCGAGGCCCUGCAGUGGAGCAGCUUCGGGGCAUGGGGCCCUCCACCCCCAGCAGCCACUGGGGCUCUUUGGAGCUCUUUCCUGCAGACUCUGCCCAUCCCCCCUCAUCUCAGUCCGGUGCCUGGGACGCACGGCUCUUCUCCCUGAGUUCGAGUCAGGCACAGCAGACCAGCCCAAGGAGGCUAACAUCUGACCUGCAAGCAUUCAGCAUGCUGGCUCCCGCAUGUAAAUAUUUCAGCCUGGCUCCCUCUGCCUCCAGCCCGUCGCUCUGGGGCACUGACCUUGAAAUAGGCUCAUGGGCUCUCUCUGUGUCCUCCCGUCCUGUGUUCCCUACUGCCUCCUCCGACUCGAAAUCGCAUUCCAUUGCCAUCUCCCCGGGCACAGCAAGUACGUGCCUGGCAGGCACUUACUCAGCCAGUGCUCAAAGGGGUUCCCUGGUGGGUUGCCUCCCUGGAAUGUUCCAGAGAAGAGCAGCUGUUGCUUGAGCCACUGAACACACGUCUGGAUGAUCGUCAGAGAGGCGCUGUGAGAUGUGGCGCAGUCUGAGUGUGUGCUGUGAAAUGUCACCAGCCCGAAGAGUUGGGGGGCGGGGCUUCAGAAACCCGGCUCAGUUUUGAUGACCGAGUGUGUGUGUGUAUGUGUGUGUGUGAGAUCAGCCUCUCUGGUGAUGUCACUAAACAAAGCACAGCUGUGUUGCUGAUCUCGCCGUGUGCGGGAACAGGUCAUGCAGGCUGGAGUGUCCCGGACCCCAGCCCCAGUGUUGGGCCCAGUGAUGGUACAUGUCUCUACUGAAUACAUUUCAGAGAAAUGACAUCAAAUUGGUGGGCGUGCGGGCCCCUCCUCCUCCAAUGCCUCCUUUGGGUAAUGCAUCCCCUAAAGUGCUCAGCCACAACCCCUGGAUGUGCUGCUGUGCCCCGCUCCCUGCCCCUCUGUAAAGUCAGGGCCACACCGAGUGGCCAGUCCAAGGCCCCUCAGAGCUGCGUGGGCCCCCCUUAGCUUGCCCUCGCUGGCUUUAGUAGUCCCUUCUUAGUAGUUAAUUGAAAUGCAUUAAGACUUAAAGGUUCCCGAAAGACUCAUCCUUGUACGGACAAGGUGUUUGUGUAGGCGUUUUGACUCGGUCUGAUUUCGGGAGGAAGAAGAGUGGAUCUGGAGACUUCCCGGGGGUGCCGGCAGGCCGGGGCAGGAGCACACAGCCUUCGGAAGGAAAUGCAGCCUCGACUUCUCCGGGCUUUUCCAAGCACUUUACCUUCACAAAUGAUCUGGGACUUUUUUCUUUUUUUGUCAAUAGUCCUCUUGAAAUAGCAGCCGAAGGAGGAAGCAAGGGUUGCUUUGGUUCCCCCCACCCCUACCCCUCACCCCCGCUCACUCCCUGUCCUCAUAGAUCCAGCUCCUCAGAGUGGGUAAGUCUGGCUCCAGAGGUGCUGUCUGUCUGUCCCACUUGGUCCCACAAGGGGGCGCUGGCAGAGACCCUGACAGUGGGCCCACCUUGGUGUGACUAGUGCCAGGGGGGAUGGCAGGCUGCUCUGUCUCCUGUUGGCAGCUGCCUGUGGCCAAGCAUUUCACCUCCAAAUGCCUCUGACCAGUGUCACCUGGAGUAGUGGAGGCUGGCGUCUUGCCUCACUAGCAUUUCCUCUCUCCCCCCAUGACAUCGUCUCCCCCCUCCAGGGCCUGGCCCGUGCAGACAUGAGGGGCUCUGGUGGCGAGCAGAUGUGGGACACACUCUCAGAAGUCCCAGCGUGAGGAGCUGUCUCAGCCCAGGGCGUACACAGGACGCUUUGGCCAAAGAGAGCUCUGGUAGCCUGUCCUACAAACUCAGGAGCCUUCGGUGCGGUCGGGGAAGCCCCAGGUGGUUCCCAAGAAGAGCAGUUCCAGUCCCGGCAGGCGGGGUGUCCCCGGCUGGGAGCUUCGAAGGCCUGUGGGUAGCGGCGGCUUUUCAGGUUUUCUGCUGCCUGUCCCUCAGGGCUACACGAACCCUAGGGAGCCAGAGGACAAGCCUCCCAAGUAGCAAGCCCCCUGCUUGGAAAACAGGAUGGUGUCGAAAUGCGGCCUUGUGCGUUUUUACUUAACCUUUGUGAUAGUUGUAGCAAUAUUGACGGAGAGGGCCAGGUUAGCAUUCGGACUGCACCUGUUUGUGCGCGCGUGUGUGUGUUUAACCCCAGGGAGCACAGCCUCCUUCUGCAUUGUAAGUUAUUUGUACAGUGAAAGGGAGCCGGCUAUGAUUUUCCUUAUUGCCAAAAGAAAACAAAAGUGGGCCUGGGAGCUCUCAGAUUACCAGAAGGACUAGAAAAGGAGUCCGCCCCCUGAGUUCCGUACCCAAGUGAAAACCUGGGGUGUCCAGGGUGACCCAGUGAGCCCACGUGGGUGUAGGGGGGGGGGGGGCCAGGGCAGGCGGAUCCUGUCUGACCUCCCCAUGCCCAGUGAGCCCACGGCAUCGGUGUCGUGGUGCAAAGGCAGCAGCUUGAGGUUUGCUCUUCCAUGGCCCGUUGCAUGUGGGUUCCUUUGUCACCGGGGCCCUGGUGUCCCAGCCGCCGGAGGUGAGGGGACAGCAUUCACUCCACAAAGAAGUCUGCCGCAGGUUCUGUCUAACCCAGGUGCCAGCAACCAGAAUCAGGGCCACCAGCUGCAAACCCGGCCCUCCUGGGCAUUAUGUACCCUAACCUUCGCCUUUUUCAUUAGGGAGGACCCAGGUAGAGCCGUUGUUAGGUCAGCUUGAUUACCAAAUCACCUAGAACUUCAGACAACUAUGCAGUAGGGGGCUGAGUCCCUUGCCCAGAACUGUGGGAGCUUGGGAAGCAGGGGGAGAAGGCAGAGGGCUGGAGGCCCAGCCCCAGGCUCAGGAGGUGGGUGCAGCGAGCCCCUCAUGCCACACCCCGCCUGGGGGUCUCAGGCUGGUCUCUUCUCUCAUCUUCCUCCACCACAGACCCUCGGCUCUGAGGGUUACUCUUCUCGCUUCCGCCGCCCCCGCCCAGCCCUUUGCUCUCCUGAACCAUUGCCACACAACUCUGCUUUUCUGCAGGUCAUGCAUUCCUUUGUGUGAUUCUCGGGGAUGAGGUUGACUUGAAAAGCUUUCAGCCGAGGUUCAUGGCGAAGGGAGGUUGUAUGGGCCAGAAGUGGCCCGAAUUGACUGGUGUGCGUGUUCAGGCCCCAGAUGGGACCAGUGCGUCCUCAUCCCCACAUGGCGGGAACAGGAACAAGUUGGUUCUCCAGGCGACCAGUGGAUGAGUCAUUUCCAGAUCGUUCACAUCCAGCCAACACAGUCAAUGCUAUGACUAAGCAGGUUCUUGGGGGGCCUCAUUCUGGGCCUGGGUCUCCCUUGCCCCCUUGGGCCCAGGCGUCUCGGACUCCUCAGGAGGGAUGGAAGGAGCACCCCAGGGGCCAGCCUGCUUUGUUUCCUGGGAACCUGGUGUUAGCCUGUGUCCCGAGUUGGCCAGCUGGCUGGGCCCCCAGGACUCAAAAAGGGUUAUGCUCCUAGUGCCUGGUUCUUGGUUACCAUGGGAAACUCAUCGUUUUCAGGGGUGAGAGAGCCCUCUGGUCUGGCUUUGCCCUUCCUUCCAUCACUUACAGACUCACAGUCCUCUGAGGACACCUGCCAUGGUGGAGAACCGGUCCUGGCUUAACCCACAGACUCAGGCUUUGACAAGGCCCAGUCAGACGAGCCCCCCAUCCCCCUGGCCCCUGGAGCCUGGGGUUGCACUUUAACUGGAAAGAGGGCUCCUGCUGGCAGCCCCCCUCUGCCCUGUGGGUCGGUCCGGGAGUGCAGCUGCACCUGCUUCCUCCUUGGCCCUAGGCAGGGUGCUCGCAGGAAGACAAAGGGGAAUGUUCUGCAGGCACUGGCCCCACGGUGGCCCGGACACGGGGGUGGGGGCAUCUGGGUGUCUGUCCUGUGCUGGAGACAGCAAGGCUUCGGUGCCCCUGCCCAUGACAUCAUGGGCGAGCCUGGGGCUGACCCUUCCCCCGGAUGCCAUGAGAGAGACAAGCCAGACAUUGGAACACUAGAAAAUGCCAGAAAUUCAAACAACAGACCAAGAUCCCCUGAAAUGGAAAUGUGUUAGAACACAGUCAGUCCGCCGCCUAGUCUGAGACGGUGGCCCCUGCGGGGGCUUGGCUGGGGUGGGCACAUGUGUGCCCUGUUUUCUCCCUCACCCCGAGCGUCCCAGACCCACACCCGCCCCCCAGACGUGCCUGCAGUGGAGUGCAGCGGUGCGGAGCUCUCACAUGUCACAGUUACACAACUCUGUGUCCCCCUCGGUGACACUCUGCCGGCUGCAUUUUAAGGUUGAGAAAGUUUCAAGGUUGGGGAUCCCAGAACAGUGCUAAAAUCAAGCACCGUUCCUUCCUGCAGAGAAAAAGAAUGUUUAUAUGUUGCACCUCCGAUUGUCAGAAGGUGGAAACUGAAAUAAAUUAUCUUUAAAGGAAAAA